GAAAGAAAACCCCACUAAUUCUCCCUCCCAAAUUCACCCUAAACCCCUACUUCUCCCAGCCCCCUUUCCCUCUCUACGCACACCCCAUCUUUCUCGAUCUUCGGUGGGAUUUCAUCAGCCUGUUUUCACCCGUGAGGUCGCACAAUCGGCAGGAGCAUCAUGCCCGAGGCGGCAAUGGACACCACUGGUGGGUGGCGCAUGGCGGGGAUGGAGGUGCCGUUACUCAGCACCGACUCCAUUGAGUGGCGUCAAGUGUCCGUCCCGUCCUCUUCCUCAACUUCUACGGCCAACUCUACGAACCACCCACUUGCCAAGGACUUCGCGUCUUGCUGUGCCAUUGGAAAUCCCCCUUCUUAUUUCAUCUGGAAAACCAGUGUCACUCAGUCAAAUUUGCUGGAGAUCUUAGAACUACGUGGUCAUAAAGAAAUGUCAAGGAUUGGACUGCGACUCAUAUUUCCUGAUGCUCUCUUCCCAUUUGCUUUCAUUUGCAAAGAUGAGAGCAAUUUUGCUUCUGGAAAUCAUUUGGUGCUUUAUACUUUGACAAUCUCAGGGGUCGCGUACCUCAUCAGAUUGAGGAAUAAUUUUGACUAUGGAACUUCUUCUCUUGUCCCGACUAAUGAGAUUCUCGAGUAUAACACACAAACUCAACCUUACUAUGGAGCAAUAACAACAGUUGCAGCGACAGCAGGAUAUCUGUUGAUUGGAAGGAGUGACGGAUCUAUUGCUUGUUUUCAGCUUGGCGUCAUUGACCCUAGUGCUUCAGGGUUUGUGUCUGAAUUGCGAGAUGAUGCUGGUUUUGGUCGAUUGUGGGGCAUAUUGUCAAGGAAUCCGGCGCUGGCCGCUGUACAGGAUUUAGUAAUAUCAGAAGUGCAGCAGAGGAAGCUUCUUUUUGUGCUUCAUUCUGAUGGCAUUUUACGAGUAUGGGACCUUUCAAGCCGGGGUAAAAUUUUCAGUCAUGCAAUGACAGUUCCGACAUUUACAGGUGCAUUUGUAAGGCUGUGGGUAGGAGAAGCUGAUAAUGAUACUGGCAUAAUUCCUUUGGCUUUGCUGCAUAAACAGAAUUUGGAAGUGAGCACCGAAACAAUUUUUCUAUACGGACUUCAUUAUAAUGUGGGAGACAGGAUACCGUUGUCACUGGAGCCUUCAUUGAAGAAAAUCUCUUUGGGACAGGGUGAACCUAUUGAUGUUAAACUUUCCUCGAACAAAGUGUGGAUUCUCAAGGAAGAGGGACUCAUAAUGCAGGAUUUGUUUUCUAACGACGUCAAGGAGGGAUUAGCACAAUACUAUACUUUGCAGGAAACUCUUGUUGCUGACCUGCUAUUUCAGAGUUCUGAGCAUUCUUCAGAUGAUCUUCUUUGGCUUGCCUAUUCAGCAUUUUCGUCUUCAAAGGAGGAAAUCACGCCAUUUGUAUCUUCUGUUUUACUGCGUGCAUUGCUUUCCCCUGGGGUUCACUGCAGUGCUGUCCUGAGGCAAACGUUUGGAGAUUAUGGCAAGCACUUCACUGAUUCAGAUUUUGGUUCCUUCACUGUCGAUGAUCUGAAAAGGGAAAUUUUGUCAGUUAUUGAGGAUCAGGGUGGAAGUGGAAGUCCGGUUUCCAUUCUUCAAUGUUGGAGAACGUUUUGUUCUCGUUAUGUAAAUAAUUGGUGCAAGUACAAUGUAGCGUGUGGUCUGCUCAUGGAUCCAUUAACAGGUGCUGUUGGUUUAGUCAGGAAAAACAUAAUCUCUCUCUGCCGCGGGCUGGAGGAUGUAGAGCAUAUCAUCUAUGGUUCAUUCGAGGAAGAAAACAAGUAUAUAAGCCGAGGAGUGGAUUAUUCUGGUGACGAGCUUGAUCGAAAGAUUCUAUUUGAGUUACUACAAUGUAUUCGAAAUGUGAGCCAGCAGUUAGGCAAAUCUUCAUCAGCUAUAUUUUAUGAGUCACUUCUUAGUUCUCAUGUAUCAUCUGAGGAGGUUGUUCCUCGUUUUCUAAAGAUUCUAGAAACUGGAUAUAGUUCUUCGAUUGCAGCUAUACAGAUAUCGGAACUGGGAGCAGAUACUGCUUGGGAGAAAGAAUUAUCGAAUCACAGAAACCUAAGAAAAUUUUCUACAAAUAUGUUUUUGUCGCUUCAUGCAUUGUGCCAUCAAGCUAAAUCGUGGGGCAAGGUUUUGGAUGUGGUUGAGAGCUACUUAAAGGUGUUAGUGCCUCAAAAAAUUGUACUUGAUAUGGAUGCUGAAGCAAUUUUCCACACCAAUAGUUCUGCAAUAGUGCAAUCCACUUGCCAAAUUGCCAAGGUGAUGUUUGAGUCUGUGUUGGAUGUUCUUAUGCUGCUAAGCUACAUGACUAGCAUCAGUGGGCAGAUUAACAUGUCACAUGAUGAUGUUUCAAGAGUUAAACUCGAGUUAAUUCCGAUAAUUCAAGAGACACUUACGGAAUGGCAUAUUAUCCAUUUCUUUGGGACCACACCUUCUGAAUCUCCUGCAAUUGAAGAUUUUAGUUAUCAGCUUUCAUCCUUACAGAUUGAUAGCAAUGAGCAUAAAAGAUUGUGGACUGGAAGGCUUGGGAAAUGUGACUUUUCUUUGGCGUUUAUCCUACUAUUGAGUAUACAAAGUUCCUCCAGUGAACUGGGCAACGUCUCUUUUAGCCGACUUCUGAAUCCCAGCAGCUUAAUUGGUCUAAGUCGGGAGUUCACCAGCUGGAUAAUUUGGGGAAGGAGUGGAGAAGAAUCUUCUGUAUUCUUCAGCAAUUCAAUUGAUCUUGCGCUAGUCUUACUGAGACAUGGACAGUUCAAUGCCACAGAGUAUUUGCUUACUCUGGUUGAUGCAUAUUCACGGAAGGAGAGAAUCUUUGAAAGCCUUCAGGCUGUGGAUGGCAAGUUAUCUGCACUCUUCCAUCUUCUUGGAUGUUGUCUUGUUGCUCAGACACAACGUGGAUUGCAUGGACCAGUUAAAGACAGAAAAGUUGGUGAAGCACUUCGCUGCUUUUUCAGAGCUGCAUCAAUGGAAGGAUCUUCUAAAGCUUUGCAAAGUUUGCCACGUGAAGCGGGAUGGUUGCGAGUUGAUUUCAGCAGUUCUUCGUCAGCUGCAGCAUGGAAACUUCAAUACUAUCAAUGGGUGAUGCAGCUAUUUGAACAGUAUAAUGUGAGUGAAGCUGCUUACCAAUUCGCUCUAGCUGCACUUGAGCAAGUUGAUGAAGCUCUUGGCACACUAGAUAGCAGUUACAGAGAGAAUCUUGGAGAAUCUGUGACUACAGUGAAGGGCAGACUUUGGGCGAAUGUCUUUAAAUUCACUUUGGAUCUUAACAAUUACCAUGAUGCAUAUUGUGCAAUAAUUUCAAAUCCAGAUGAGGAAAGCAAGAAUAUCUGUUUGAGGCGUUACAUCAUAGUACUUUAUGAGCGUGGUGCAGUAAAGAUGCUUUGUAAUGGCCAGUUACCGCUGAUUGGUUUAGUGGAGAAGGUAGAGCGUGAGCUUGCCUGGAAGGCAGAGCGUUCUGAUGUUUCAACCAAGCCAAACCCUUUUAAAUUACUUUAUGCAUUUGAGAUGCAUAGACAUAACUGGCGUAGAGCUGCAAGUUACAUAUACGUGUAUUCUAUCCGCUUGAGAGCUGAAGCAGCAGUAAAAGAUCAUCAAGUCAGGGCUUUAACUCUGCAAGAGAGGCUGAAUGGUCUAGCUGCUGCCAUUAAUGCUCUGCAGCUUGUUCAUCCUGCGUAUGCGUGGAUUGACGCCCCAGUUGAUGAAACACCUCCUGAUAAAGAAAACUAUCCAAAUAAAAAGGCGAGGAUAACCAAGCAAGAACAAUCUCCUCCUCAUGAUGCUCUGCCUCAAAAGCUGCCAUCUUAUUUAGAUGUUGAGAAACUUGAAAAGGAAUUUGUUUUAACAUCAGCAGAAUACUUGCUCUCUUUGGCAAACCUCAAGUGGACCUUUACCGGAAAUGAAAAACCAUCAGCUGACCUUAUUGAUCUGUUGGUUGAAUCAAAUUCAUAUGAUAUGGCUUUUACGGUUAUACUCAAGUUUUGGAAUGGCUCAGGUCUUAAAAGGGAGCUGGAGAAAGUCUUUAUCGCGAUGGCACUGAAAUGCUGCCCAAGCAGACUAGUCCCCUUAUUGCAUGGGAAAGAUCGUAAAACACAUGGUCUUUUGUUGACUUCAUCACAAGAUGAGGUAGUUCGUGAUUCAAUUGAUGCAGCUAGAACAGUUCAACAAUUGACGGGCGGUAGCCAUUGGGAAACACUUGAACUCUAUCUUGAUAAAUACAGGUCUUUCCAUCCCAGAUUACCAUUAAUCGUUGCCGAGACUCUUCUUUCUGCUGAUUCACAAAUUGAGCUACCACUUUGGUUGGUUCGACAUUUCAAGGUUGGUCGAAAUGAAAAUAGUUUUGGAAUGACUGGAAAUGAGUCGAACCCGGCAUCCCUAUUUCGGUUGUAUGUUGAUUACGGUCGAUAUGCAGAGGCUGUUAAUUUGUUGACUGAGUACAUGGAAACCUUGGCAUCAGUUCGGCCAGCUGAUGUUAUCCGUCGUAAAAGGUCAUUUGCUGUUUGGUUUCCAUAUACUUCAGUUGAACGCCUAUGGUGCCUGCUCCAGGAAUCAAUCAAACUGGGGCACAGGAUUGAUCAAUGUGAUAAGCUGAAAAAGUCAUUGCAUGGGGUUUUAUUGAAGCAUCUCAAUAUUCUGAAAGUGGACUCGGACGAUGUUCAAUCUUCUGCAAGUUAGUGUUUGAUUGGUUUUUAGUGCUGGGUAGUACUUUGGGACCUAUGCUAUUCUAGGUGCUUCCAUUUUUUGGAACUCCCUUGCAUCUACAUUCAGUUGCCUUGAUCUACAUCUGAUACAUAGUUGAUGGAGAAGAAUCAACAAAACCGUGGUUCAGGUCCCUUUCAACCAGCCUGUUUUGUUGCUUAUUUAUAGUUGAAUGCAGGCAUAAAGACAGUUGGUCGAGAAAUGAUUGUUCGUCUUGGCAUUUAACUCUCGUAGAUCUGUUCUCAGUUCUUUUUGUGGCAGCUCCUGUUCUCUGUAAAGUUGUACGUACUUCCAUGCUGUAGCAGUCUAUGCUGCCUGGAAAACCAUUAGCAUUAGAUGGAUGCUUUAUGUUAUAAAAUAGUUCUAAUGGUGAGAACACACAAAUUGAUAUUCAACAUUUAAAAGUGUACAUAGAAGAUCACUGCUGUAUCCGACAAAUGAAGCUGUCUGUCUGAACUCGAGCUUCUCGAAAGGUAAGGUCCUCAAUUAUCAUCUUUUUGAAUAUGUCGAAUCUACUGCUCCAUGUGCAUACAAUUGAUUUCCUGAGAUACAUUAACCAACUGGUUUUCCC